GGCAAGGCUCUGGGCGGCCGCAGUCUCAGUCUGAAGGCGGCCGCAGCGGCAGUCUCGAGUAAGAUGAGGCUUCUGCUGCUUCUCCUGGUGGCGGCGUCGGCGGUGGCCCGGAGCGAGGCCUCGGCCAACCUGGGCGGCGUGCCCAGCAAGAGGUUAAAGAUGCAGUACGCUACGGGGCCGCUGCUCAAGUUCCAGAUUUGUGUUUCCUGAGGUUACAGGCGGGUGUUUGAGGAGUACAUGCGGGUUAUUAGUCAGCGGUACCCAGACAUCCGAAUCGAAGGAGAGAAUUACCUCCCUCAACCAAUUUAUAGACACAUAGCCUCUUUCCUGUCAAUCUUCAAACUCGUAUUAAUAGGCUUGAUCAUUGUUGGCAAGGACCCUUUUGCUUUCUUUGGCAUGCAAGCUCCUAGCAUAUGGCAGUGGGGCCAGGAGAAUAAGGUCUAUGCAUGUAUGAUGGUUUUCUUCUUAAGCAACAUGAUUGAGAACCAGUGUAUGUCAACAGGUGCAUUUGAGAUAACUUUAAAUGACGUGCCUGUAUGGUCUAAGCUGGAAUCUGGUCAUCUUCCAUCCAUGCAACAACUUGUUCAAAUUCUUGACAAUGAAAUGAAACUCAAUGUGCACAUGGAUUCAAUUCCGCAUCAUCGAUCAUAGCCCCACCUAUCAGCACUGAAAACUCUUUUACAUUAAGGGAUCUUUGCAAGAGCAGCGUGACUGACACUAUGAAGGCCUGUACUGAAGACAGCCAGCUGUUAGUACAGACCAGAUGCUUUUUUGGCAGGCUCGUUGUACCUCUUGGAAAACCUCAAUGCAAAAUAGUUUUUCUGUGCUGGCACGUUCUGGAAUUCUGCACAUUCGUGGAGUGCAAUAAUACUGUAUAGCUUUCCCCCAACCCAGAUUCACCCAGUUAAUAGUUUGUCAUUUUUUUAAAUGUAGACAUUACUACUUAAAACUUUUUUCUUAGUCAUAUUUAAAAAGUAGACAGUUGAGUUAUAAUUUGAUUCUUUUCAAAGUGUCUGUUAAAUCUUGUGUUUUUAUAUGAUUUUUUUUUUUUUUAGUUUAAAGUCAAUCUUUGGGGGAAUACAGCUAAAGUUCCCAAAAGAGUUUAUCAGUCAUCUCUAAUUUGGUCAUGUCCAAUUUAUAUCGUUAUCAAAAAACUGCAGAUUGUGAACAGUGCAUUAUACAAGAUUAUGGGGGAAUCUAAUAUCCAGAGUACUCUACCAAUUUGUUUGUAUGUGUGUGUGUGUGUGUGUGAUUACCAGAGAACUACUACAAAACCAACUGCUUUUUAAAUUCUGUUGUGUAGUUCAGGUGUCUUGCCUUGACCAAUCUAAUGAAUUGAUUAACUGGCCUUUAUACUUAAUAAAAAACUAGCAGAUGUCAGUUAAAUGAAAAAGUUUCAGUUUAUUGCUCAAUGUACUUGUUAACAUUGUAUUUAAUCAUCAUCGGCCUAAUUUUGUGUUUUUAACUUAAAGAUAAUCUCCUAAGGGUUACACUUUAGAUUCCCACAAAAAAAAAAAAAGGUUAAUUUACCAUUUUUAGAGUUGAAACUCACCUCAUUAAAUAAAAGUUCAGUUGAACCUCUUUACAACAUUGAUACUAAGUGAACAGAAAUCACCCAGCAUCAGAUAUCAGAAUUCUGUUGUAUUUGAAAAAUAAGAUUGAAAAAUUUUUUAAUUUAAAUUUACUGAUAGUCUCAGUAUUCUAAAAAUAAGAGUUUUUAGAAAACUAAAAUUGACUAAGACUUGAAGGACAAUUUAGCAGAAAUAGGACCAUAAUGUAGAAAAAGAGCCAUGGAGCAGCAGCCGCAGCUUCAGCUUCCACAGGCUUAACAUGGAGAGCCCAAAGUAGGCCUGGAUUUACUCAUGAAAAUAAAAGGAUUUAAGGAAAAGUUAUGAGGAAAACCCAACAUUGGUUUUACCUAACACUUCAGAGUUACAAGACCUAACCCUGUGUGUCAUAGGACUGACCUGUUUUGUUAUCACUGGGUGUCCUGAAGCACAUGUCAGGUAAUGGCCUAACUGUUACAGCCUCAGGGAGGAGCACUGCAGUCUCUGAACUGACUGCAUGAUGUCAGUCUGUGAUUCACUGCAGAAAACUGGCCAAGUGGUUAUCAUUUCCAUUCCGAAUAGAACCUUUACGUUCUUCAGGGUUAGUUAGUUCAUGAUUUAAGUUUCAAGCUCCUUCGAGAUUGUUAUUUAGGUAUAAUAUUUAUGUUUGACUAAGGAUUAAAAACGUGUUAAUCUGAUUGCAUACCACUCCAAACUCCCCAUUUUCUGCAGGUUGAACACCCUGUCGAAUGUGUCUGGGGGUCUUUCUUUGGCUAAUGGACAUUCCACUAGUGACAGUUACCUUUAUGGCAUGAAGCUACUAAAAAACUGAAUCUUGAAAGUUCCCAUGGGUUUAACAGAUCAAACUAUGGGGAACCAAAGCUUCAGCUCCAACUUUCUCCAUGUUUGCCUUGGGUUGAAUAACUUAUUUUUUAGAGAAUAGCUUUAAGUGGCUUAGACACUGAUAAGAGCUAUUUUGUUUUAUGCUUAGUUCUAUUUAAAUCUAGAAUUUAAUGGAGUCUGAUUAAAAAAAAAAUGUGGGUCAUGUGAAUAUGAAAAAAUGUGAGGAAAAUAAACUAUUUGCAGUGUAACUUUAUUAUAUUCUAACAUUUCAAAAUUAUUGCUUAUAAAUUGGUAUGGUUGUGUAGUUUAUAACUGUCUAUGCACUAUAUUAAUUAAAAGACCAUAGGAUAUGUUGGCA